CAGUCGCAGGGGUCCUUAUGAGGUCCUUCGAAUGUGUGGCGCGGGUAAUGUCCACACUUUUGCCAUGUUGAUAUGGAUUUUACUCAAGUGAUGCUGAACUGAAACAAGAAUGAUAAAAUGUUUUCCCUGAAACAGAAUUCUUGGUUUAUAAGAAAGGUUGUGAUAUGGAGGGCUGUGGCGAGUAUUGCAUGGUCAGUGCUUCUCUUGCCAGUGACAGCUACAGUCUUUGUGCUCUUGAGCAGAUUCAGCCCUUUUCACCCCAUCCAAUGGAUUUCAGAUUGCACAAGUCUUCUUGCGGCCUCAAGCACCAUCUUUUCCCUUGUGGUGCUGUGUGGGGUGGUUCUGAUCACUGGCUUUUUUAACCUGGAGUUCUACACUUUGGUUCCCUCUAUUCCAUGUUCACGCAUGGCUCUCCUGGGGACGGUGCUCCACCCUCGACAGUGUGUUCAUUCUUUGGUCUACUGCACCAUGGGCAUGCUGGUAAUGUGGUGUGCUUCUGUUACCAUCGGUGGCCGUUACAGCACUCUAGGAACUCCCUGCAGGCAAAGCCAGAGUGGUGAAGUAGUGACCUGUCUGAAUGAGUAUCAUCUCUUUAUUCUCCUGGCUGGGGCCUUCAUGGGGUACAGUCAUAGUUUCUUGGGAGUGGUUCAAAAUAUGUACUAUGUGUCCUUUCAACCCAUACAACAAUACAAAUAUCCGCGGUUCAAGGGCUGUCUGCCAAUGGUGGUGAAGUGCAGUGUUAUUCAGGCCUUAUAUUCAGCCAGGAAUUUUGCUGCUUUCUAUUUCUUUUUUGGGUAUGCUCCUAAGACCUGGAUCUCCAGCACACUUAAUCUACAGAUAGACAGUUCUCUCCAACCACUGGAUUCAUUGACUGGAUUUCUAGACUUCUCCCUCCUUUACCACCUGUCAAUCAGUGGCACUUUCCUGUACCUAACCUGGUAUCUCACUGUGCUUCUCUUCAGGAUUUAUGUCACAGAGGCCUACAGUUUUCCAGUGCAGUCCACAUUUACUGAGGAUGCAGAGCAGUGUCUUCCCAAAGUUUUGGCUGAGAAGAACACUUUAGUCAUGAAGUUUUUGGCUCUACAAGACCUGGCUCUGUUAUCACAACAUUCUCUCUCACGCAGACUAGAAGUCUUCAGUCUGAGUCAGCCAGGUGGUCACGCUCAUAACUGGAAUGCCAUCAGUAGGGAAUGUCUCUCUUUGCUGAGUGAGCUGACACAGAGACUGGUGGCUCAUCAGGAUGCGAUUGCCUCUAACGGCCGAGUCAAGUCUCAGUCUGCCAGCAGUGACACCAGAUCAGCCUCUUCAAGCUGCUCAGUGGUGUCAGGAACAGAGGACAUUGCUGAGACCCCUCGACUCAGUGUCCCGCUAAGGACCCCUGGUUCAGUCUUCAAGUCAUCGGUGGGGGGUGCGAACAGCGCUUUGGUGGCUCCUUUCACCCCAGAUGUGGACAGCCCUUUCUCUUCCCCUGCUAUUCGACGUCUGGUUGGCCAACAGGAUCCCCAGUCUCCCUGCUUUGGUACAGUACAAAGCCCCCAUAUCAUGAGGAGAGGGCCCAAACUGUGGAGUGCCUCCACAGAGUCACAAUCCAGUGGCAGUCCUCCUGCCUCCCCUGCCACUGUUCCUAGUCCUCCUGCAGCCAGUCAGAAACCCAGCUUCCUUGCCCAGUGGCUACAGAACAGGAGAGAGCAGGUUAAAAGCUUUUUGGCAAAGCGGGUGCUGAUAAUGUAUUUAUUUAACAAGCUUCCAGAAGCCUCUAGCCAAGCUCUGUUUGCUGACAGCCAGGCUCAUAUCUGGGCUCUCCAAGGACUAUCGCAUCUGGUGGCAGCCUCUUUCUCUGAGGAUCAGUUUGGAGUUGUGCAGACCACAUUACCCAAUAUUCUUAGCUGCUUGGUAGUCUUGCUAGAGGCUGUUGACAGACACUUCAAACUGCCACAUGCCUCCAGCAAACCUGUGAGGACUAUCUGCAGUAUGGGAGACUCCACCUACAAAACUCUAAGGUUUGCGCUGAGGGCUGCGCUGAAGACUGCCAUCUACAAGAUAACUACCACUUUUGGAGAGCACUUAAAUGCUGUGAAUAUUUCAACAGAACAUAGAAAAAGGCUUCAGCAGUUCUUGGAAUUCAAGGAUUAGUGCGACACACAACAUCAUCUUCUCAAUACCUUUGGGUAUGUGUGUGUGAGGAGACCAAGAGACAAUAUGCUGCUUCUUCGAAAGGUCUGAUACAUGGGGGAUUAGUGCUGUAUGCCACUCAAGGCCUUACUUUACAGCCAAGUGCUGCACUUUAUUUCC